GUGGGUAAAACUGCUCUCUGCAAUUGUAAUUUUGUUAGUUCUGCGGAAGAGGCAGAGAAGUAAGAGAUAGCAAAGGUUCCGUUUCCUUUCUGUGAGAGAAGGCCUUUGUUUCCCCUCUCGCAAAAAAAUUUAAAAAAUGUCAGUGCCUGGCAAGAAAGAGUUUGAUGUUAAACAGAUCCUAAGGCUGCGUUGGAGGUGGUUUAGUCAUCCUUCUCAAGGUUCACCCAACAGUGGAAACUGCCUUCAGCAGGAAGGAUAUGAGCACAGAGGGACCUCGGUUCAGGGCAGAUUGAAGAAUCACUCUAGGGACAGAAACGGACUGAAGAAAAGCAACAGUCCUGUCCACCACAACAUACUGGAACCAGAGUCAGGAGGCGUCCCUGCCUAUCAAAAAGUCCUUCAGAACUGGCAAAAAGAAAACCUGACAGACCAUUUUCGACCAAAUGAAGAUACUCUUAAAGCAGUGCCAGAGAAGAAUUGGUUCAAAGAAGACUGUGAGAAGCCUUCACAAGAAUUGGAUAUGAUGGCUAAUGACAAUACAGCAGAUUCUACAGUGAGAUUAGCUACACAAUAUUCUGAAGAAAUGAAUAUCAACAGAACUGAGGAGAAGUUCCAUUCUAUAAACCAUGCAGAACAAACUCUACAUAAAAUGGAGACCUACUUGAAAGAAAAACAACUGUGUGAUGUUCUACUUAUUGCUGGUAACCUUCGAAUCCCUGCACAUCGCGUGGUACUCAGUGCAGUUUCUGAUUAUUUUGCUGCAAUGUUCACUAAUGAUGUGCUUGAAGCUAAGCAAGAAGAGGUCAGGAUGGAAGGAGUUGAUCCUAAUGCCCUAAAUUCCUUAGUGCAAUAUGCUUACACAGGUGUUUUGCAACUGAAAGAAGAUACCAUUGAAAAUUUGCUGGCUGCAGCGUGUCUCCUUCAGCUAACUCAGGUCAUUGAAGUCUGUUCCAAUUUUCUCAUAAAACAGCUCCAUCCAUCAAACUGCUUAGGGAUUCGAUCUUUUGGAGAUGCUCAAGGCUGUAAAGACCUUCUAAGUGUGGCUCACAAAUACACAAUGGAACACUUCAUUGAGGUAAUAAAGAACCAGGAAUUCCUUAUGCUUCCAGCUGAUGAAAUUUCAAAACUUUUAUGCAGUGAUGACAUUAAUGUACCAGACGAAGAAACCAUUUUCCAUGCUCUAAUGCAGUGGGUGGGGCAUGAUGUGCAGGCUAGGCAACAAGACCUAGCAAUGCUGCUUUCUUAUAUCAGACUGCCAUUACUUCCACCACAGUUACUGGCAGAUCUUGAGAACAGCUCCAUGUUUGCUCAUGAUCUUGAUUGUCAGAAGCUCUUAAUGGAAGCAAUGAAGUAUCAUCUCUUGCCUGAGAGAAGACUCAUGAUGCAGAGUCCUCGUACAAAACCUAGAAAAUCAACUGUGGGGGCACUUUAUGCUGUUGGAGGCAUGGAUGCUAUGAAAGGUACCACUACAAUAGAAAAAUAUGACCUCCGUACCAACAACUGGAUAGAUAUUGGUAUCAUGAGUGGACGCAGGCUUCAGUUUGGAGUUGCAGUUAUUGAUAAUAAACUUUAUGUCGUUGGAGGAAGAGAUGGCUUAAAAACUUUAAAUACUGUGGAAUGUUUUAAUCCUAUUGGCAAUAUUUGGACUGUUAUGCCUCCAAUGUCAACACAUAGACAUGGUUUAGGUGUAGCCACACUUGAAGGACCAAUGUAUGCUGUUGGAGGUCAUGAUGGAUGGAGUUAUCUAAAUACUGUAGAGAGAUGGGACCCUGAGGGACGUCAGUGGAAUUAUGUGGCCAGUAUGUCAGCUCCUAGAAGCUCAGUUGGUGUUGCUGCAUUAAACAACAAACUAUAUGCUAUUGGUGGUCGUGAUGGAAGUUCCUGUCUCAAAUCGAUGGAAUAUUUUGAUCCACACACUAACAAGUGGAAUCUCUGUGCUCCAAUGUCAAAAAGGCGUGGAGGUGUAGGAGUUGCAACAUACAAUGGAUUCUUAUAUGUUGUAGGGGGCCACGACGCUCCUGCUUCCAAUCACUGCUCCAGGCUUUCUGACUGUGUGGAAAGGUAUGAUCCAAAGACCAAUUCUUGGUCAACCGUGGCGCCACUGAAUGUUCCCCGUGAUGCCGUUGCUGUUUGUUCACUUGGAGAUAAGCUCUACGUUGUUGGAGGAUAUGAUGGACAUACAUAUUUGAAGACAGUUGAGUCAUAUGAUGCACAGAAAGAUGAAUGGAAAGAGGAAGUCCCUGUCAACAUUGGAAGAGCUGGUGCGUGUGUUGUUGUGGUGAAGCUACCAUAAAGAUAAAUUUAUCAAAGGGAAGAUAAAAUGGACAUUUUCAAGAAAUUGAGAACAAAAAAGAACAAAAGCAACAGAACAUUUUCUUCAAUUAUAAACAUAAAGAUCCAUUGGUUAUUUUAAUAGGUAGUUAGGAUUAUUUUCUUUAGUGAAGCCAACACAAGUUAAAAUUAAUUAAAUAUAUGUGUUAAAUCAAUGUGUUGUUGCAGCUGAUAAUAAAUACAAAAAUUAGUGUAAGUUUUAGCUCAAUAAUUUUAAACAGUAAAAUGUUUAAAGCAGUGUGUGAAGUCAGAGAAAUAUUGAUAUUUUAAAUUAAUAAUCUCAAAAGUUUAAUACAUUCUAUUUUAAAUAGUUCUCUGUUGUCUUAAACAUAGCUAAUUUAAACAGAGCACUUGCUGUUUAAAAUAUAGUCAGAUUUUCAGUAAGACAUUAUUAUUGUGUAUUCCAAAAUAUUGUACAAAUUGUUUAAAAAAUCGCUCAAAUCUUUCAUAAUAACAUUUGCCGUGCUGAUACUAAAAUAUGUCUCUAUUACAUAAUUUUGUUUUGUUUGGGGCCACAUCCUACUGUGUUCAUUGCUUACUCCUGACUCUGUAAAGGAAUCAAUCCUGGUGAUGCUCAGGAGACCAUUUGUAGUGCCAGGGAUUUGAACCGAGGUCCACCACAUGCAAGGCAAGUGCCUUACUUUCUGUACUGUAUCUCUGGCAAUAGUUGAAAUAAUGUUUAUUCUCAUUACAGUUUGUUAAAAUUUUCAUAAACUAACCCUGUUAAAGUGCCAUCUCCAGAACACAGAUUUGGUGUUUCUUUAUUCUUUUUGAUUUGUUGCAUGCAAAAUAUUAUUGUAAUUUUACAAGAAUUAUCUAUAUCAUAAAAUGUGAAACAUUUAUCAUAUUGAUAAAACUGUGAUCUUAGGCAUAAAAUGUUAGGGACUCAAUUUUCUAAAAAGCAGUAUUUCCCUCUAUUAUUUCUGUGAAUUUAUAAACACCUACCAUUAAAUUAAACAAGUUUUUAAAAAUAAACUUUUAAGAUACAGAAAUAUAUGUUCUACAAUAUUAAUACAUAAAAA